AUGUUUGGCAGCAAGUCUAUCAAGAUCAAAGGCGCCGACUGCGGCGUCGAUGCCCUCUUUCUUGCCAUCAUCACCUGCAUCGGCGGUUUCCUCUUCGGCUACGAUAUCGGCCAGAUCUCGGGCAUUCUCUUGUACAAUGACUUCAUCUACCGGUUUCUCUGGGGUAGUACUGCCACGGUCAAAUCCCUUCUUGUCUCUUUCAUGGGCGUUGGCUGCCUUUUUGGCUCUUUGAUCGGCGCGUAUACAACCGACUUCCUCGGACGAAGAAAGAGUAUCGCAUUAGCGGUGGCCCUAUACAUCACGGGAGACAUUGUCCAAGUUACGGCAAAGGAGAGCUGGAUUCAUAUUACCAUCGGGAGAUUUGUUUCUGGUCUCGGCAUGGGCAAUCUUUCCGUCGGCGUCCCGAUGUUCCAGUCUGAAUGUGCUCCACGGCAGAUUCGGGGCGCCGUCGUUGCUUCUUACCAGCUCUUGAUCACGAUUGGAAUACUCUUCGGCAACGUUGUCUGCUACCUCAUGCGGCCUCUUGAAAACGACAGCUAUUCGUGGCGCAUCAUCAUCGGCUUGGGCGCCGUCUUCUCCUUGCCGCUUGGACUUGGCAUCCUUUUCGUUCCCGAAUCCCCGAGAUGGCUCGCUGGCAGGGACAACCACGAUCAAGGCAAUGUCAUUGUCGAGAACGACAUGCACGAAAUGAAGGAAGUUUUGGCCCUGGAGCAACAGAGCGGCAGAGCUUCCUGGGCUGAAUGCUUCUCUGGCAAGGCCAAGGUCCCCAAGACACGGUAUCGUACCUUUCUGGGGAUGGGCAUCCAUUUCUUGCAGCAAUGGACAGGAAUCAACUACUUCUUCUAUUAUGGCGCCACCGUCUUUGCAUCAGCCAAGAUCAAAGAUCCUCUCAUGACGCAGCUUAUCCUCGGCGCCAUCAAUGUUGCCACGUCAUUCUCGGGGGUCUACUUUGUCGAUAGGCUGGGUCGUCGAUGGCCUCUUAUUCUCGGCGCUCUGUGGCAAAGUGUGUGGUUGCUGAUUUUUGCCUCCAUUGGCGCGGUGAGCCGUCGGGACGAAUCGUCGCCCGCCUUUGGCAUUGCCAUGAUUGUAGCGGCAUGCAUGUUCAUUGCUUCGUUUGCGGCCACCUGGGGUCCCAUUGCCUGGGUUGUCAUGGGCGAGACGUUUGCUCUUCGGACGCGUGCCAAACAGGCCUCAUUAGUCACGGCAGCCAACUGGACGGGCAACUUUUUGAUUGGAUUACUCACUCCCCACGCCGAUCAUGCCAUAUCAUACUCGUUUGGCUUCAUCCUAGCCGGCAUGAAUCUCAUCGCCGCCGCUGUUGUUUGGCUGUUUCUAUACGAAUCCUCUUUGCUCAGUCUGGAAAACGUGGACAUCAUGUACAGCAUCCAGGAUCUUUCGCCGUGGAAGAGUGCCCAAUGGGUGCCACCAGGGUACCUCACACGUCUGACUCGAGACGAACAACAUUUCCGCGGCGAGAUGGUGGAGAUGGCGGGUAAAGAUGGCGACGUGAAGCCUGACGUGAAGUCUGACGGGAAGAAUGUCUAA